GUACCUCUCGACCGACAUCCUCCCCUACCAGAACUGCUCAACCUUGUUUCCCUCUUCCGCCCACGUCAGGUGAUUCCCAAUACCCUCGUGCCCGCUCUCAGCAGUCUCGAUUGGACUGCGAUGAGCGCCAUCCUUAAGGAGUGCAUGGAACCG